UCCUCAGGACGCUGAUCCCAGGGAUCGCUGGUGCAUCGGGCGGAGGAGGGAGCCAUGGUGUGCAUUCCCUGCAUCGUCAUCCCUGUUCUGCUCUGGGUCUACAAGAAGUUUGUGGAGCCCUACGUCUACCCCAUGAUCGCCCCCUUCAUCAAGCGUGUCUGGCCCAAGAAGGCUGUGCAGGAGCCACCAGACACCAAGCAGGGGCCAGGAGGCAGCACUGGGGACCCUCGGGGACCUGCAGCUGCCAAAGGAGACCAGGAGGAUGGAUCUGGAAGCCAUAAAUUGGAAAGCAAUGGCAUUGCAAAUGGAAGUGCUGCAAAGAGAUCCAGUGUAGUAUAUGACAAGAAAACGGCUUAAAGGAGUUAAUUCCUAAGGAUUUUAUUCCCUCAUGUCCAGUAUGAACUGCUGAUAUUCCUCUCAAUUUGAGACUUAUUUUUCUUUGCACAUUUUAGCCGAAUAAAAAACUUAAUUGCUUGCAGGAGAGAUUACCUUUGGCCACUAAAAUGGCAGCUGGUGCAUUUGUUUAUUUAAAAUAUUUGAAAGCUGAUGUUCUCGUAUUUUUAUUGCUGGAACUACUUCUCAUCUGCCAUCUGUUUGGUGUGAUUAGAGUUUAGGUUAAAUAACGUAAGAAUAAAUCUGUCUGUGGAAGGUAAAUGUAUCUUAGCAUCUUGAUGUCACUAAGUGCUAGUGCAGUACUUGAGGCUUUCACCUCAAAGGCUUUAUCUGUUCCUGGUGAAGAAGUGUGGACUGCAUUGUGACAACAAAAGCUCAUAAUUUAUCUAUGAAGAAUGUAGAUUUUUCAUGUCAAAUCUAUGGAUGAGCUAGAAGAAUUAUGCUACAUACAAAAUUUACUUAGCUUACUAAAAGCAGAAAGUCUUGAUGUGAUACUUCCCUUAAUUAUUUUCCUCGAAAUAUUAUGCCUUUUUUUUUUUUUCCUGAGGCAUGAUGCAAGAGAAUGUUGAUUUAUGUUCUGUUGUAGUGAUUUAUAAUGGUGCAGUUCUGGCUUUAAAAAAAAAAAAAAAAACAACCUCCUACUAAAACCUCUUUAUCAUGCUUGUGGAAUUUUCAUUAUAAUAAACCGGGAUUUUACUUAAAAA